GUUGUUCGUUUGUUCCCUGUGUUCAGCUCCUCCAUGUUAAUUUCAAUUUUUUACAUGGAGAUAUUCGACGAUCAAAAAGAACAAAUUGCUAUCUUUAUUGGGAAUGGAAGUGGCACUGUGGACAAGGCAAUGGGUUUAUUACAUCUGUUGUUAGCUCGUCGACUUUGCUUUGCUCGCUGUAUAUGAAAAUAUUUUAGUACAAUGGUUGCCAUCCUCAGGAGCUCGUUAAUGCUUACAGCACGUUCUGUUAUUGUUGAAGAAUAGGAUCGCUCAGGGUAUUAACAUAUCUAACUACAGCCCAAAGUCACUUUGCUCUAGACCGUCUGGAAAUCCAAAAAUGGCUGAAAAUGGAGGCAUAUCGGUAGAUGAAUUCACUAGAUUGCAGAAUCAAUUGAUUGAGCUAAGGACAGAGAACUAUGACAUUGCUGAAAGAUACAGAAAAACGAAAGAUGAGAACAGCUCAUUGCAUGAAAGAAUUGAAAGCAAAGAAAAGGAACUGCAGAGAUUUGGCAAGAUAAUGAAACUUCCUGGUCUUCAGGCAUUUUCAAAGAAUAGAGGAAAAAGGCCCUAUGAAGAGGUUGUAGAGGAAAAUGAGAGGCUCAUGCAUCAAAUGCAGAGACACGAGGAAGAUUUCAAAUUGCAGAACAAAACCCUUCUGGAAGAAGUAUCAAGGCUUUCCGUGGAAAGGGACGAUUUGGAGAAUGAAUUAAAAAAGGUGAGGGAUACCCGGAGCCGCGAGUUGGAUGAAAAUGAUGAAAUGCGACGGAUCAAGGCAGAAAAUACGGUACUCCACAAGAAGCUGCAAGAUUAUGAUGGUAGGCCCCAAGUCAGUGAGGACAAUGACCAAUGUACUUUAGAAAAUAUACCUAAAGACAACAGUGAAGAUGGGGCUGUUUCAAAGGAUUUCGAAGAUGGCGAACUUAGUAAUCGAAAACUCAUUGAGGAUGCAUUGAAAGGUUUUUUAAAAGAAGCAGUUGGAGCUGUUGGAGGUGAUACGACAAAUGAAGAGUUAAAUGAGAGAGAGAAAAAACUGAUAGAGGGCCUCGUGACGGAGCUUGAAUCUCUGUCCUCAAAGAAUAAAAGCCCCAGAGAAUCAAGUCAAAAGACAAAUGAUAUGAAGGUUAAAUUGGAAACUGAGGAGGCUGAAAAUCAACUUCUGCGGGACCAGAUCAAGGAGGAGCGAGAGAAGACAAGAACUGAAAUUGAGAAUUUGAAAUUAGAAGUUGCAAAGCUAACAGAGAAAAUGAAAAGAAAACAAGAGAGUUAUAUACACUUGCAAGAAGAAAAGGAGUUGCUCCAUAAAGAGAAAAGUCGCUUGGAAGAAGAGUGGAUUAAAACCAAGGAACUACUUGUACAGUUUCAGGAUACAUCUGCAGAACUUGAAGAACAGGUUCAGCAACUGAAGAUAGAAAAUGAGAAUUUUAAAUCUGAAGUGGCUGGACUACAAGAGACACUUGAACAAUGUUCUCCGGAGAAAGUUUCAGAGUUGGAACACACCCUUAAGACUAAGAAUGAAGAAUUAACAUCGUUAAAAACCCAGUUCGAAGACAGCUCGUCUUUGAAUCAAGAUUUGAUGUCCGAAGUCCAAAAACUGUCCGAGGAAAAAAACAAGGUCGACACAGAAGCAGGACAGAACUUAGAGCUAGCUAACAAGAGAAAGAAACUUCUUGAUGAACUAUCAGUUGAAAGGCAACACGAACUGGAAAACCACAAGAAGAAACUAGAGGAAAUAAAAAAUGACAAUGAGGAAAAUAAGAAACAUUUGGAGACGACACUGUCAGAUCUAGAGAAAGCAAAACGGGAGGUUACAUUGGCCAACGAUAGACAUUCAGAGCUCUUGAAUAGGUUCACCUCCAUCGAGAAGAAAUCAGGCUGGCUUGAAAGAACUCUCAAAGAGACAGAGGAACAACAGGAGACUGAACGAAAGACUCACCAAGAUUUAAUUGAUAAAAAGGAAGAGGAGUUCCAGGAAAAACUUGCGGAAGUCGAAAGCAAGCAUCAUGACGAAAUUGAAGCGUUGAAUGAAAGUAAAGCAGAAGUAGAAAGGGAAAGAGAUGAGAAAAUAUCAGUUAUCGAGAAAAUGAACCAGAAACUAAAAGACAAAGAAGUCGAAUUUCGAAUCAGUGUAAAGAAGAACGACCAGCUAUUGAAAGACUUAAAGCGACAACUCAAGUCUGAGAGAAAGCGAGCUGAUCAGAUCCAACAGAGGCUCCAGGAAUUUUUGUCAGAAACAAAAACGAGGCAAACCUUUGAUGAAAUAUUCAAACACGAUUCAUCGUUCAGUAAGGGACACCGACGUCAAGAUAGUGGGAGUCAUUUGUCGACUGUUUCAUCAGGAAGUGGCUUGGAGAUGAGUGUUGACGCUGACGCGAACAAAACAAGCACUCCGUUGUCCGGGACACCAUUAAGCAGUGGCAGCGGAGGAGAUGGGGUCAAACUGACGAAUGAAACCGUUGAGUUGAUAUCGAAAGUAGCAGAUCUCCAACUCGAGAAGAACAUUUUAGAAGAGAAGGUGCGUUUCUUGGAAGAAAAUUCCUCGGUGAUGGUUGACGAUAUAAUGAGAAAAACAGAGAUUAUUCAAAAUUAUGUGAGGGAAACAAAACCAGAAAUGCACGCUGAUUCAAAUAGAAGAAGAAGCAUGACACUCAAGGAGAAAAUGAAGGACUCUUUAAGUAUUGGUAAACAUGGUAAAUCGGAAGAUAUGCUUAAAGAAAUGAACGCAAAAAUGCAACGAUUGUUGGAAGAGACACUCGAAAGAAACAUCCAACUGCAAAAGGAUGUUGACCACUUAACAAGAGAAUUAGAGAUGAAAUCAGCAGCUGAGUCAGCAUGACGUAAGAGUAAGUUACUGUACAUUUGACUCUUUCUAGAGUCAAUCAAUCACACAGUCAAGCGGUUUGGAAACUAGAAAACGGUCAUCUAGAAAACGGUGAUGGUUGUAGUUUAGAUUAGAGUAUGGUUUCAAUUUAAUCAAAAGUGCCUCAAGAAUAAUUGAGAUGGCGCUACGUCGUAUAUGUAAAUACAAGAUUUAAACUUUUAAAUGAUCCUUUCCAUGAUAAUCAGGGGGCUUUUCCCUGAUAAUUGUUGUGACCAUGUCCUUUGGAUGCUAGAAAGCUUCCAAUUUGGAAAAGUGAUUUGAAAUUUGUUCCCAGGUUGGAGGACAGGGUCGCGAUGUUGUUUCUAACGGAAAAGGGGCACUUAUGAGAAGGGGGCUUGUCCAGACGAAUAAACUCCGACCAUUCGGCAAGUGAGAUUCGACAGCUUCUCACUAAAUCUUGUUUGUCUCUAACAACGCUUCAUCCAAGGGUGUAGUGCUAAGGGGGCUCAGGGGGCUGAAAAGUAGCCAAUUUCUACUUUUGCUAUUGUUUUCCACAUUUUGUGCAAGUGCCCCCUUGUUAUUUUGAUGGCACUACACCCCUUGCUAUCCUGAUAUCUAAUCUUACUUCAUACACUCAGGUAACUAAGAAAGAACAAUCAAAUAUAAAAUAGAAUGUUUCAAAUAGCAUUAUUCCUCACAAUAUCCGCAUAUAUUCAGUAAAAAUAAGAAUCGUAGCAAUUAACUUAUAUUGUAAUUUUUUUCAGCAAAAAUUGUGAUCAAUUUGUUGUCAGUAGGUUUGCUUCCAAAAUUAAUCGCCUUUCAAUGUACAAAUGGGAGUUUUAAAUGACAUCUUUUGACCAGAAAAACAAGGAAAUUUAGUAGUCUUGCAUAGCACAUUUAGCCGUUCAAUUUGUAUGGCCAGGAGACAUAUAUUAGUUUUAUCCCACUCCAGACGUUAAUGCCAGUAUUAUUAUCCGGGCCAGUUUUAUUCUCAUUGGUCCUUGGAUUUUGCCACAAAGCCCACGCAUGAACCGCUACGACGCUGUGACGUCAUCAGUUAAUGAUGCUUUAUUUUCCAUCCAUCUUAGAAUAGGAAUAAUUGUUUGAGUAUUCGUGUAUGUUAGACGCGUGCAUUGUUUGUAGGCCCACAGACCAGCACAACCGAACCCAUUUAACAGGGGCCAACGAUUGUAUCUUAAGGUAGUUCCUUUCAAUUUGUAAUUAUGAGAUUUUAAUUUUGUGUCAGUAUUGAUUGAAUUUGUAAAUUUAUCGCAGUAUCUUGGAAAUAGCAAAAUUAUCUGUUUUUGUUUAGA